AUGCAGCAGCGCUGCAAGCAUGGUUCCGAUGGAGACAUUCGCCUUCAAGAUGGAGACACACAAUACCAAGGGCGUGUGGAGAUCUACCAUAAUGGAGAAUGGCGCAGGGUGUGUGAGGAAGGGUGGGGUCUUAACGACGCCAAAGUUGCUUGCAAGCAGCUAGGCUACGAGGAUGCCCACACUGCAUAUAUCAACUAUAACCCCAGAGGCACAGGAUCCUAUUGGUUGUCCGACAUCAAUUGUGCCGGAGCUGAAGAGGGUUUGUACAACUGUUCUUCUCGAGGGUGGGGUACCAUCAACUCUUACUGCGGCACCGGAGACUACGACGAUGCUGGGGUCAUCUGUAAAGCACCUGGCGAUGGUGCAGUUCGCCUGGUGAACACAACUAGCCCCUACGAAGGCCGUGUUGAGGUGUACUAUGGCGGGGAGUGGGGGCGUGUUUGUGACUACAACUGGGGCUUCAAUGAUGCCAAAGUGGUUUGCAGGCAACUUGGAUUGGCUGGAAUUCAUACGUCUUUUAGGGGCUGGAGUCCUAGAGGCACCGGUAAAUAUUGGGUGUUUAAUGUAAACUGUGGAGGGUCAGAGUCCAAUAUAACACAAUGCACCCACGGUGGAGUUGGCGUCGUUAAUUCCGGCAAUUGUGGUCAAAGUAAUUACGACGACGCCGGGGUGUUAUGCCAUGGAGACGGUGAUGGUGCCUUGCGUCUUAUUAACACAUCAAAUGCGUACGAAGGUCGCUUGGAGAUCUUCUAUUCCGGGAGAUGGGGAAGAGUUUCGGACUACGGCUGGGACCUGUCUAGCGCUGACGUGGCGUGUAAACAGCUUGGUUUUACUGGAGCCCACACGCGAUUAUUUAGUAUGUCGCCUAGGGGGACAAGUCGAUUCUGGAUACAUAAUUUGAACUGCCAGGGAACAGAGGCGCGCUUGGCAGAUUGUUCCCAUGGCGGCGUUGGCGUCAGCAACUCUUAUUGUUCCCAGUCUUCGUCAGAUGACGCCGGCGUUCUGUGUAAAGGGCCCAAUGACGGAGAAGUGAGAUUGAUCGGCGAUUCACAGUAUCAUGGACGAGUGGAGAUAUUCUAUGCAGGUAGCUGGGGGAGGGUGUGUGAAUACUGGUGGUCACUGAACGACGCCAAGGUGACCUGCAGACAGCUUGGCUUCACUGGGGUGCUGACUUACGGGUCAAGUUGGACACCGAGAGGGACUUCCCGAGUGGUGCUAG